AUGACAACUCCACCUCCUUCUUAUGGGAGUCCAGGCUCUUUAUUGAGGGCAGAUUCUUAUCUUAGUCCAAAUAGCCUAUCACCAUCAAAGUAUAAUAUGGGAGAUGGAACUCAAUCAAAGAAGACAUUAAAGGGCAAUGUAGUUAGGAAUCUACUUAAUAGAUCAGGGUCUGGAUCGAACUUGAACCUCAAUCACAGACGACAAGUUACAAGUGGUUCACUCAGUGGUCUAUUCGAAGAGCAUCAAUCCAAUGGAGGUACAAAUGGUCACAACAACAAUCACUCAAACAACAACAACAACAAUCAUUCAAACAACAACAACAAUCAGCAUCAUAUUGGAAAUAGUAUAUCACCAGGUGGCGAAUCCCCAAAGUCACUACGACGUGCCACCAGUACAUUGUCCAAUCCAGAAUUGUCGUCAAUAUCAGAGAUUGACAAGUCAUUGUGGACAAUAAGAGCACUCAAAGAGAAUCCAGAGAUUGCGGAUUUAUUGGAUCGAAUCAAACCAAUCAAUCGAUGUAUAGCACUCAGUCAACAUUACGCCUUUGAAGAGACAGUCCUCAAAGAUGAUCCACUCAUUGGCAAUGACACAAUGAUGCAACUAAUCCUUCAACAUCUACAAUAUGAAGGUCUACUACAUUCAAGAAAGUCAUUAGAGUCAGAGGCCAAUGUUAAAUACUCAGACUAUGCAUUCAAAGAGAGUAGAUUGGUAUUGUUGAUAAGAGCAGCAUUGAGGGACUCAGAGAGGAUAUAUAGUUUGACAUGUGAUGAGCGACAACAUGAGGCUCAACAACAGUUGGAGGAACAAUUGGCAUUGAUGGGUCUAUUGUAUGAAGAGCAUAUUGAUACAGUGGAGGAUGUAAACAUAUAUGAUGAGCCACGUACCAAUAUAUUGUACUCUGAUAAUGAGCCAUCAUCUCCACAAGUGUCACCUUCACCAUUUGGACCUAGUCUGGUUAGUUCAGCAGGUGGAAUUGGCACAUCAACAUCUGGAGGUGGGGGAGGAGGACCAGGCCUUACACUUAGUAGCAGUAACAGUAGUAGUAACAUCAAGUUUGAGGAUCAGGUCAAGUCAAUCAAGGCAGCGACACUCAAUAACUUGGUGAUACUGUUGGCGCCAGAGAAGAAUCACGACUCUGACUAUGUAAAGACGUUCUUGUUGACAUAUCAAUCAUUCACAACCAAUGAGAAGUUGUUGCAAAAGUUGAUACAGAGAUACCAGGUGCCACAACGACCAGGCCAAUCAGAUGACGAGUGGAAAAAGGUUGCCGUACCCAUCCAACUACGUGUAGUCAACGUGCUCAAACAAUGGAUCAAACAAUCAUUCUCCGAGUUCAACGACAAGAUCAUCCAAAACAUCAAGUCCUUCAUCGAGAUACUCAAGCAUGAUAAUGUAUCCUUGGCCAAUAGUAUAAUGCAGACUUUAAAUAGCAAGAUAAAAGGCAUUGGAGAAGAUGAUGAAGAGGAUAAAAAGUCAAAGAUAGUGUUCACUUUGGCAACACCAGAGCCAAAGGUACCAAAGAAUAUAUGGUCACAGACAUUGGAUAUAUUCGAUGUGGAUGAGGAGGAGUUGGCAAGACAAUUGACACUCAUAGACUUUGAGAUAUUCACAGCGAUCAAACCCAGUGAGUUACUCAAUCAAUCGUGGAACAAACCUAAACUACGCCAUCGUUCACCUCAUGUCCUACUGCUCAUCAGUCGCUUCAAUGAGAUCUCAUCAUGGGUAUCAUCAAUCAUCCUAUCCAACGACAAGGUCAAGGAUCGUGCCAGGAUCAUGGCCAAGUUGAUAAAGAUAACAGAGUUAUUGAUCAGGCCAUUGAAUAAUUAUAAUACAGCAAUGGCAAUACUUUCUGGACUCAACGCAGCAUCUGUACAUAGACUAAAGUUCACUCGAGAGGAGAUGCCCAAACAUAUACAACAGGUGUUUGCAGAACUCCAGACACAACUUGGAAGUGCUCAAUCAUACAAGAUAUAUCGUGAGCUACUGACCAAAGCCAAUCAUCCAUGUAUACCAUACCUUGGUAUAUGUUUGACUGAUCUAACAUUUAUUGAAGAUGGUAAUCCAGAGGCGAUCAAAGGAUUCAUCAACUUUAGCAAACGUAGAUUGAUCUAUACAGUGAUAUCACAGGUGCAGAGCUUCCAAAACACUAGAUACAAUCUUCAUCCAGUCUAUCAGAUAUCCAAACUACUACGUGUACUCAAGCCAAGAUUGGACGAUGAGGAUCUCUAUCGCAUAUCAAUGAAGUUUGAACCAAGGAACAAAGAGAGGAGUGAGAUACUCUAG